AUGGAUUCCCGCGCACUGCUCUUCCGAGCAGUCCUAGCCUCCCUCUCCGUGCUGCUGAUUCUCUCCACGUUUGGAGCACUGGCUUGCGCAGAGAAACCGCCAGGUGCAAAGCGUGGAUUGGUGGACCUCAACACGAUUCCUGACAACUCUGUGUCGUCUUGGUCGCUGGAAGGGCCGCCUGGGCUGAGAAAGGAGAGCACUCCGGGGCAGUUCAAGCUUGUGGGGCCUGUCGUUAUCAACGUGCUGCGGGUCAUCCGCCCGCAGUUCACACCCAUCUUUGCCGAAUGGCUCUCCUCCAACUUCUCCUCAGACCCUGCCACGUGGACGGCGUUCGUUGCGCCACCCGCAGGCCCGAACGAGUUCGCAAACCUGACCUUCGAGAAUCCCCAGGUGCAGAUCUGGGGUGGGCGCUUCCCCAUCGACAACUCUACGAGCGACUACUCGUUCCAGCCCAACAACACCAAGCUGCUCUUCUCCCGUGUCUCCGGCUCUGUGAUGCGCAACAACGUGGACAAGCAGAACGUCGUGGUUGACCUUCCUGAGGCCAACGCACCCACUCUCGCCGGGAAAUUCAUCCGCCGGGGGAAGAUUUUCGAGCUGCUCUCGGGCGGGUCCUUCGACGUGCCGCUCCGGUCGGUGGUGGAAGCUCUUGGGGGUACCACACCCCCGGGCCCCACCCCGCCUGGAGCAGCGGCAGUCAUGCGGGUGAAUCUGAACCUGCAAGGGAUUGGUCAGCAGCCUACGAGUGCCCUCCGCCCCUACCCUGCCCCGUCUGCCCCUGGCAAGGAGCCUCCCCCUCUGGCUGGUGUAAGGCCCCGCCCCCGCCCCCCUCCUAGGGGGGCUGCUCCUGGACGUGCUCCCGGAGCUGCUCCCGGAGCUGCACCUGGCCGUGCCUCUGGGUCUGCACCAGGUGUGGCUCCUGGUGGAGGUCCUAAACCCUAG